AUAUCAGCCCAUUCGUACUACGGUUGUCAUUUCCUCGUGCGUCGCAAACGUCAAACGUACCAGAUUAGGUUUCAGAUUUGCCCAAUAGAACGCCGUCUAUCUGUUUGGUAAAUUGUAUUUUCGGCAGGGCGAGAUAAAUAUUAACAAACAUCCAGACUUGUGUGAAAUAUGUGAAGUCGACGACUGUCUGUCGAUUGUGUAAACGUUGAAUGAUCAAACGGUGACCCGGGCGGGAAAUAGUAGUGAAAAUAUUGUACGAAUUAACAGGUGCGCGUCCGCGAGUUCUACAUCGGGAUGCAGCGUUGCCCCUACAUCCACGAGAUGAAGGAGCGGCUGCUUGGCGCGCCGGUGGAAGGGGCGGAGCCCCAGCCCACGCGGGAGCACCCCCAGCACCCACAACGCAUCAUCGAGCACCCCCACGCCCUGCACUUGCAGGACUCACAGGUCGGCACUAUAGUGAAACUGAAUUCAGACGGGUACCACACGUCGCCGGCGCGUGCGCCGCUCGUCGCGGACGAGUGUGACGCGCCGGCGGACGAGACUGACGCCCUCACGCCCACUGAGGCUGUGCUGCGGUACCGCGCCUGCUGUCAACCGGAAACCAAGCCUAAGAAUGCCAAAACUUCGCUGUUCAUCAUUUCAAGUUUCAUCUACGCGAAGCUUUUAGUAGUGGUAUGCAUUGCUUACGUCAUCAGCGACGUCAUCACCCACAACUUGCCCCUCUACUACUACGAGGGUUUCUUCACCUACCUGUAUGGCAUGAGCAUAUUGUUUUUGUUAUACGUCUUCUGCUUCUUGCUUCAAGAAAGCGCAUGCUGCAGUGGUAGUCCACCAAAACCAAAACCUCCGCCAAAGGAGAAGAAACAAAAAGAAAAGAAAGAAAAAGAGAAGAAAACCAAAGACAAAGAAGCUAAGGAAGGAAAAGAAGGCAAGGAUGGCAAGGACGGAAAGGACGGGAAGGACGGAAAGGAUGGGAAAGACGGAAAGAAAGAUGGGAAGAAGGAAGGAAAAUCAAAGGAUAAAGAAAAGGAAAAGGAAAAGCCAACCAAAGAAUCCAAGAAACAAAGCCAGUUCCAGGAGGUGUAUCCACGUAAGAUGCGCGAUAAAGUUCGUCAACAACAAUUGCAAAUGCAAAUGGCGCAAUUGUAUGCGUCCGAGCAGCAACAAGACGUGGUGGAGAUUGAAUCUGCGCCCGUCGCUCGGCCGGUUCGUCGUCGCAAGACUUCGCAAAACGACCACAGCCAUGGCAGCUUCUUCCUUAGGAUUGGAGCUAUUGCUUUCGGCCUCGGCACCAUGAUUUACAACGGUUUGGAGUUUGGAACGUUCUUUGAAUUGCCCCUGGAGUCUCCUUGCUAUCUCAUCCUGAAAGGCGUCAAUCCUGUUCUGCAAAUGGUGUUUACCUUCAUGCAAAUGUACUUCAUCUUCAUGAAUUCUCGGCUGAACAUACACCGGUUCAAAGUAAUCGCCCGCUUUGGUCUGAUGCACGUGGUGGCAACCAAUAUUUGCGUUUGGAUUCGAACACUCGUACUGGAAUCGUUGAAGGAAAUCACCGACUACCACGUGAGGAAUCCUCAAGGAGUCCCAGGUGAAGGCGUGCUUGGAAAAGUCAUCCGUAAACAUACCUUGAGACACUCGGGCAAAGUGUUUGGUGCGGCCACCACCGCUGCUACCACCAUCGCUUCAACUGCGGUGACAGCUGCUAGGAAUACUGGCCAGCAACUAAUAAACGCUGUCACCACGACCGCGGUUACCCCCACUACCACCCCAACGACAACUAACAACUCGACAGAGAUCUUCGAAUCGUUCGACAGCCUGAAUCCUGCAGCAUUGAUUGCCAAUAUCGAUAACACCACGGUGUGCGGAAGGAACCCGAUUAUGGGCACUAUCGUAGCGGACUCGGCUCCUUAUCUGUAUCCGUUCAUCAUCGAAUACUCGCUUAUUGGCGCAGCUGUUAUUUACGUCAUGUGGAAGCAUAUUGGCCGCUACCCCAGCGUGGCCAACGACGAAGAUCUGGAAAGACGUCUGGAAGCUGUUCUCUCUCGCAGGGCGGCGGCGCUCGCGGCGGCUCAACGUGGAAACCGCGUUGACUGCGCCGGUGCUUCCAAAGGACUCUUCUGUGGACUGCUCCUGCUCGUCGCCUCUUUAAUCUGCUUGAUUCUCUUCUUCGUCCUGAUCAGACACCAAGAGCUGAAACGCCUGUCGAUUUACUUGGCCGAUGUCUCCCACUGUGCUCUGAUGGUUCUGUCUAUACUGGCGAUUUUGAUUGGGUUCAUACGUGGUAGAGUAAUGAAAUGGAGCUACGAUCCCUCCCCAUACGCCGAGCCUAUUCGCAGGGUGCAAUCACUGAAGUUCCGCUCGGAGGAGCAAUCGGACCUGAACGACAUCUUGCUUCGUGUCUCUGCGUUUGGCCUCUUCGUGUAUGCUGUCUUCAGCGUCAUCGCCGGCGGAAUGGGAGCCUUCACUCACGAACCAAAUCUACUCGUCAUGAUCACUGGAUGCUUGAGUGUGCUGCAGGUGGUCCUCCAACUGCUGUUCAUCGCUGACGUGUCGCGUCGCCGCGUCCACCUCCCGGAACAGGAGCGCAGCAAGCCUGCGCGCCAGGCCGUCACCUUCCUCCUCAUCUGCAACGUCACCAUGUGGCUCAUCUACACCUUUGAGGCCCAGAAGGUGCUCGCUAAUCCGGUUCAACUAGAUUUCUACGGCUUCGUCGCUUGGUCCCUCGUCCAGCGCUUCACCCUGCCGCUGUGCAUCUUCCAUCGCUUCCACUCCGCCGUCACCCUCGCCGAGAUCUGGAAGACCAGCUACAAGGCACGCUUGGAGUGAGCGCCUCCGGGCCACAGGGAAUACUGGAGCCAAUCCACUGACAUUGUCAACUCCUGGAACGUACUAGGAUGACUUCUACUAAUUUUGUCCUCAUUCGGGGCAGCCAGUUUAUAGUUAGAAUGAAUAAAUUUGUUGCUAGUGUCAUCUCGCUAUAUGAUAACUUAUUCUAGUAUAGGAUCACGCGACGAAUUUAGGACGAUGAUUCUGUUGUAGGGGCUGAUUAUAAUUGCUCUCCCAGAGUCGUAGUCGGCAGUACCGCAUUGCACCCGAAUGCAUCUUGCUAUUCAUCACAAAUACUUUGUGUUGGUUAUUACUUCCCACUGUUGCUAUACACUACUUAAUUUCUUUCACAUUCCAUAACUUUAACAGUUUGUUUUUCUAUAAUAAAAUUAAGUUUCUUGGAAGACUGACUUCUACGUGACCAAAACAUAUUCUCGGCUCAUUUUUUUGAAACUGAAAACCAAUUGCUCAGAUUUCGGAUUUUUCUAUACAUUAUUGAGAGAAAUUAAUUAAAUAUUAUAUCAUUUUGAACGAAUCACGAUAAUAAUAAAAUUAAUUCCCCGUUGUGAAAGGUUCCCUCCUUCGUUAGAAACACAAUUUGUGUGCCAUCGUUUUAGGGUUAAGGCUUAAUUAAAAUUCGACAAUAUUUUACAUUUCUGUGUUAUUUGUUUGGAAGGGAAAUAAAUGAAGCUAUGGAUCUGUGGCAAGGGAGCAUUGAAAUUGUUUAUGAUGUACCUACAGUUCGCUCCAAAAGCCAUGUUAACACCUGUAAAAUUUAAUUUCAUACGGAUCGCGUAACAACAGUGAUUCGCGUAAACAGUGUUUUGUGUAUUUAAAAUUCGUAACAUAUUUUAGAGUUGAUGACAAAUUAAUUGCCAUAUUAAAGUUUCAGAAGAUUUAUUAGCCAACAUAAUAUUUGAAGUAAGCAAGUAGAAUUCUAUUUGGAAGUUUAACAUACGAUAUAAUUAGUCGUAAGAGUAGUUAACGUGUCGAAAAUUAUACACCUAAAAUGUACUUAAUUCUAGAGAGACAACGUAGAUUAUGCGGUGUUUUGAGCUGUGGUUAACUGCUUGGUACGAAUCUUUUGAUGUUUACUAAAUCGUUUUUAUUGCAAGGGGCCAUAAGAAAUCUGUUAUUGAAUUUUCUAAUAAUACAGUUAACUUCGCACCUUACCAACUUACAACUGUUUAUAAAUACUCAGCACUUCCAGACAGCAGUUUAGAUUGAGUAGUCGGAAAUAUACUUAGAAGUAGAGGGAAAUAUAAUUAUAAAUAUUAUAGUACCUAUCAAGUAUAUUUUACCCAUUAGAACAAAGAUGCAGGAUUAAUCUAGUGCAGUCAAAGCAAUGGACAAUGCAUUUUCAUCUCGAAGAUAAUAUUUUUCCUGUGCGAGGUCAUGUUUCGUUGCAUUAAAAUUUUCUCUGCAAAUAUUUUCGUAACGACGUUUUGUGCAAUCUAUUUUUAUAGGCUGAGUAAAUUUACAACUACCCUCUUUGUAUGGAGUUAUUGGACGCGUCUUUGACACGUGAUAUCAUUUCGAUGUUAUAGAUUUUGUAUAAAAAAAUAGCUCAUAUUCAAUUAUUUAUAAUAUAUUUAUUAAUUUUGUAAAUUAACUCGUAAGGUAAAUAUGUAAUUCGAUUGCACUCCGCGAUCGUUGUAAUGAACGUGUGCUUACAUCGUGAGAUUUUGAGUGAACGUAGUGGGUUUUGACUGGUUUAACAUAUUUUAAAGUUAAAGUAAACUUCGUAACUUAUUGUGGUGUCGUGAGACACCUUUUGAGACCCGAGACGCGCGACUCUGCGCCCGCGCACCUCUCCACGUAUCUAGUGGCUGCGACACAAUGCUCGAUAUUGUCAUAACAACGGCGUGUUUGGCUUGUUUUAUCACUGCCGGUAAUUUUAACAAUAGUAAUGAUAGUAAGUCCUUUGAUAAAAUCUAUACUAUUUCUAACUUGUUCAAUUUUGUAGGUGAUAUUUGAUAUUUACUGUGUACCUAAAUGUUUGGAGCAAAAUGUACCGAUGUUUGUAUCUUUAGGUUUAACAUUUAUCAUACCUAUGUGGAUACUCAAUCAGUGUUAAUAGAUACCAAAAAAUAAAAUUUGGAAAUUCUACUUUGAAGUACCUAAUGAUUAAUAAAUGUCUAUUUGAAUAAAUCAAAUACCUAAUACAUAAAUAUAUGUAA